UUGACUUUAGCUGAAUCCGGAUGUGUCGAGACACACUAUGACGUUAAUGAAGAAGAAAGUGAAAACGAGAACGGGGAAACGGUACUGUUAUUAGAGGGAUGGAGAGCUUCUCGAAGGGAAACCGUGCAAUGCUUACGUGAAAUUGCUGAGAAUGAGAAGAAACGACAUAAACACAAAGCUAUCACGGAUAUCAGUACAAUCACUAUCGGUAUGGCUGGUGGUAUAACAGGACUGGUAGGAGUUGGUCUUGCAUUUGUGUUUGCUGGUUUGCCCGUCUUAUUACCCAUAGCCAUAGGUGCAGGCGUGGCCAUAUCGUCAUUUAUUGCUAAGGAGAUCGGGGCACUAAUAUUAUCAAAAGGUGAAGAGGAUAAAAUUAAUUCACUUCUUGAGAAACAAAAGGAGGCGUUUGACGAACUAAAGACUAAGAUUAAAGCUCAAUCGGCUGUUAUUGAUUCUGGUGAUGAAGGAGAUAACGUUACGCAUACCAACAUAAUCCCCAAAACGUCUCUAGAACAAAAGCGCGUCAGUGUACCUGCGAUGGUUGCCCAGACUGUAACGGUACUCCCUGCAAAGAUCAGUGAUAUCACUGUCCAUAGUAUAUACGCAGCAAGAGCAAUUAGGGCGGGGGUAGUAUCGGGCACUGAAAUUGGAUUCAAAGUGAUGGGCACCGCUGGUAGGGCUUUUCAUAUCGGUGGAGGUGUUUUAGGCACACUGGCUUUAGCUUGGGAUAUUUAUUCCCUCGUUGAUGCGGUUAAACGGCUCAAAAAUGUUGCAUCAAAUUCAGAGGCUCUUGAAACUAUUAUCGGUGAGAUGGAACAAAUCCUCCGAUCAACAGAUCAGGAUAUUCUGGCCAUUGUUGCUACUGCAAAUAAAAGAGACGCUGAUGUGAAGAAGGCUUUGGACACCUGGAAAGAAUGUAGACUUAGUACGUUAAAUUCAUUGAAAGAGCUUUGUGCAAAUGAUUCUACAGAUUUUGACUUCAAAUCUAAUACAGAGCUCAAAGGACAUAUAAGAAGUGAUUGUGACGCAUUCGAUAAGUUGGAAAAUCUCGUUAUGCAAAUGGACCUACACGAAUGUGAUCUUAAACGAAGUGCCCAGGGGAUAGCAACCGGACUUGACAUUAUGGAGGACUUGGUACGUUACCAGGAUAAUGAAACUAUUAAAACAAUUAUAGAAGAAACUAUUGUCCAAUGGCUACGCACAUUAGCACUUACCGAUGCUGAGAUAAUAGAGAAGAUUAAAAACGAAAGAAAUGAAGCAGAAAUGCAAACAGUGUUGACAGAAUGGAAAUAUUGUCGACGCGAAACGAUUCGUGUGUUGAAAGAAGUCGUCAAACAAAAGAAUUCAGAGGAGAUCCGAUUGAAAAAAGACUUUGAGAAUAAAGUGAAUUCGUGUUUAAAAAAAGACAACACUGCAUUGAAGACGCUUGAGAAGAGAAUCAAUGGUAGAGUUCAGGAUUGGGGCAGCAACGGACUAUCAGUUGAAGGAUUGGCAAGCGAUGUAAGCGAACUUGUUGUUGCAUCAACACUUAUCUCAAAAUCUGGUAAAAUACCUGAAGUCAUGAAAAAGAUAUUGGCAGAAACACGAGAGUUGAUAAAGACUUCACCUUACAAGGCAAUUGGUAAAGUGGUUGAAAGUUGGGAGACUGUAAUGCAACUACCAGAUGAAGACAUCACACGACUUUUGAAAGUCAUUAACCAAACGAAGGAACUUGACAUAACUGAUAUGAUGGUCACGUGGCGUUAUUAUAGAGGGCGCACCAUAUCAUGCUUGGAAGACAUUAUUUCAAGACCAGAAUCCGAUAAUGAAACUGAAGCAUCAAUAACCAUUUCAAGGAAACAAAAACAAUCUAUGAAUAAACGAUUUAAAGAUGACUGGAAAGCGAGCGAGGCUUUGAAGAAAAUGAUAAUGGGGCCACGAUUGAAAAAUCUCACGAACGUCGACACACGUACGCCUCUUAUCCUAAAAGCAGACUCCAUUUCGAAUGACAUAUUACCUCCCGCCCCUCUUUGUCUUGCUGUAACCAUCCCAGACAAAAACAGCCUACAAUUUGUUCUUGACACUUGGAAGUCCGCCAUCAACUUCUCUGAUUGUGAACUGAUAGAGACAGUGAUCCAUGAGAUGAAUGACGAAACCGAUAACACAGCUCUCGAAAGAUGUAAAGCUUCCCGUGAAAAAACCAUCAAAUCUUUGGCGGAGAUAGAUUGCAACGAUGAAUGUCAACUUGUUCUAUCCAAACAACUUGAAAGAAAAAUCAACGAGUGUCUUGAUGCGGACAGAUGUAAUUUUGAAGCCCUGGAAAAGAAACUUACAGGAAAGUUCUUCCACACAGGAGGUGGUAUACUAGGAUUAGAAUCCAUGAGCGGUGGAAUUUCAACAUUGAUAACGACAACCAAACUAAGAUUUGAUGAAGUGGUCGAUGACAAGACAGCUCUCGAUCAUAUCAUUAAUGAUUUACGUAGAGAUAUUCCAAAUGAUGCAUCUGAUGAUACGUUGAAGCAAAUGAUUGUUGAGAGGUGUUUUGGAAUUUUCUCGGACAAGACUGAUUACAAAUGUCAAGAACAUUUUCAACACUGUCGAAGUCGUCUCGGUUACACUGAAGAUGAAGCUGUGGACAAUGAAAAGGUUUGGGAAAACAUAGACAGCAUAUUAGCUGAUGGUAAAGACGCUUGUUACCCUCAGAGACCUCGCAGUGAUGGGAUUGGAAUUAAAACAUACACAGAUAUUCUAGCGAUACAGAAAUAUCUUUCUGAGGCUUUUACUUGUCCCAAUCACCCACUCGCUCAACUCCUGGGAGAUAUAUUGGAGGACUUUACAUCGCUCUACGAUGGAGUAGGGGCACACCCCCGACUUAUGCAACAUGGUGUUGAGGAAGUGAACUCUUAUGUUGUUAGAAUUUACCAUAUUGUUAGGGUUCUCUUUCCAUAUCUCCCAGAAGAGUCGGGAUGUAUUGAACUAGAAGAUGGGACAGACGAGGAAGCAAUAAUGAGCGAUAACGAAAGGUAUCUUUCAGCUGCCAUGUUGUUGCAUCCCUUCUUACUUCCCAAGCUCUAUCCAUCUACCUUGCAACUGUGUGUACUAUGCAAUGAGAACGACGAUAAACUGUAUUGGGACCGAAUAGAAAACUGGAAUGCUUAUGGAGAUAUAGCUUUGUUGGCACAGCUUAAAGUAAAAGAUCAAUUUUGGCCGUUGAUGAUGGACACAGAGGCAGUAGAAGAGUUGCAACGUAAUCAUGGCAACAAUUUUUGGAUCGUGUGUAAGGAUCAGUGUUGCGUACAAGCUGUAGAAAUAUUCAGGAAAAUAAGUGAAGAAUCCCUUCCACUUGGCAAACUCAAGGUUGUGAAUCAAGCAAUUGAGGAAAUAAACAAGAGUACCCAAGCUGUGAUGUCAGCGGAUGAUUUAAUUCCACUUUUUUACUACGUUGUGGUACGAGCUCGAGUUCGUCGACUUGGGGCACAUAUUCAAUGGAUAGAGCAAUUUCUGGAAUCCUAUCAUUCCUUAGGAAAAAUGGGUUACACGCUCACGACGCUGAAGGCUUGUUAUUACCAAAUAAACCACGAGACAAAUAAAUGGUGA